GACUCCUUUGGUUGCUGUUAUCUUCAACAUUUCCGUCUUGCAUUCUGUUCGUUGCUAGAAUUUUAGAAUCUUGCAUUAACACCUUCUUCCUCAGCUGAUCCUCUGUUAGCUGAUUCAGUGCCUUCAAUUCUCGCUAUCUGCCCCUCAUCCUUAUCAACUACCUUAAUCUCAUUUGGCCGCUAUGGGCUCCCACGAAGCUAAGCCCAAGGUUCUCAUCCUUGGCAAGGUUGACUUCGCGCACGAUGCCUGGAAUGCUCUAACUCAAAUCUGCGAUGUCCUUAAUCCAGCUUCAACCACCCGUGAGGACUUUGUGAAAGAAUGCCAAAGUGGAAAAUUCGACGGAGUUGUAGCGGCCUAUCGUACUUUCCACUCUUUUGGUAUCACUGGUCUGAUUGACCAGGAGUUGGUGGGGGCGUUUCCACCCUCCUUGAGAUAUCUUGCUUCCUGCGGUGCUGGCUACGACCAAAUAGAUAUCGACGCCUGCAGUGCCCGUAACCCCCCGCUCCUCGUCUCGAACGUGCCCACUGCAGUGGACGACGCUACAGCCGAUGUCAACAUGUUCCUCAUUCUUGGUGCGCUUCGUAAUUUCAAUGCAGGCAUGCAUUCCCUUCGAGAAGGCAAAUGGCGAGGCAGACCAGCACUUGGCCACGAUCCCCAGGGUAAGACUUUGGGAAUCCUGGGAAUGGGUGGCAUUGGACGUAACUUGAAGAAGAAAGCCGAGGCUUUUGGAAUGAAGGUCAUCUAUCAUAAUCGCCGACAGCUCAGUGAGGAACUUUCUGGGGGAGCGCAAUAUGUGACCUUUGAUGAGCUUCUAUCCACCAGUGAUGUGCUCAGUCUGAACCUGCCAUUGAAUAAUAAUACCCGUCAUAUUAUUGGAAAGCCAGAGUUCGCUAAGAUGAAGGAUGGAGUCGUUGUGGUCAACACUGCUCGUGGUGCCGUCAUGGAUGAAGCUGCUCUUGUCGAUGCUCUUGACAGCGGUAAGGUAUUCUCUGCUGGUCUCGAUGUCUUCGAAGAGGAACCCAAGAUUCAUCCUGGUCUGAUCGGUAAUCAAAAUGUGCUCCUUGUGCCUCACAUGGGUACUUGGACUAUCGAGACUCUCAUUGCGAUGGAAGAGUGGGCGAUGGAAAAUGUCAAAUUGGCCAUUACUACGGGCAAGCUGAAGAGCCCCGUUCCAGAACAGGUUGAUCUGCAAUGAUAAGGUGUACGCAGAAGUGCGCCGGUGCAUAGACAUCUCUAGUAGUAUAUAGAGUGACGGUACAUGAGCUGAAAGUGUAUUUCUUGGACAUAAGUGGAGAACAAAUCAACUUCAAGGGAACUAGUUG